CGGAGCAUGUAGGUGGGCAAAGCUGCGUGGGAUUGCGCGGCUCGACACUUUCGCCAUGUGCAGCCAUGGCGGAUAUGGAGAGUGUAGCCACGAGGUAGAAAAGCAGAGGGGGCUGGUGCGGACGCCAGGUCAACAUUCUUGCAAGCGAUCGGGGCGGGGCGCAGGGCAAUAUAUAUCAUGAUUUCGCACUGAUCCUGCAAGCCCUGCGAUAACGCUUUCCAUCGAAGUGUCUGAGUCGAUACAUAUCGCGAUAUGUCAAGGAAUCAAGGAGAAGCAAGAGUCGACGAUGUCGGAGAGGAGAACAUCUAUCUCUUCUGGCCAAACAUCAUCGGCUACGCUCGCAUCGUGUUAGCGAUAUGUUCACUGAGUUACAUGCCACUGCAUCCCCGUAGAUGCAGUGGUCUCUAUGCGAUUAGCUGCCUGCUCGAUGCGGCGGACGGAUACGCUGCUCGGUAUUUCCGACAGUCGACGCUGUUUGGCGGUGUUCUUGAUAUGAUGACAGAUCGCUGCACGACGACUUGUCUUCUGGUAUUCCUGGCCAUCGCCAAUCCUGCAUGGGCGCCGUUAUUUCAAGGUCUCAUCUGUCUCGACUUCGCCAGUCACUAUGUGCACAUGUAUGCCACGCUGGCGACGGGAGCACGUGGAAGUAGCCACAAAGAUAUCUCGGCGCAGACCAGCUGGAUCUUGAACUUUUACUACAAAAAGCCUGUGCUGUUCACGACCUGUGCACUAAAUGAACUCUUCUUCAUCGGCCUCUAUCUGCUAUGUUUCUCCUCCUCCGAGGUCAGCACGCCAUUUUUCUCGUCGGAAAUUGUAACUUCAACACUACAACACCUCCUCCCUGAGUGGGUCUUCACGAUGCCAGAAUUCCGUUCUGCCGCAAUGAUGGAGGCGGCUCGGAUCAAUAAGCUGAAUGACCAGAUUCCUUGGAUCGUGGUUGGGGUUGGUCUGCCCGGCAUGCUGUUCAAACAAUUCACGAACAUCUUACAGUUGCAAAAUGCAUGUCAGCGAUUGACGCAUGAAGAUAGGCUGCGAAGGAGGCAGGCUCGGCAGGAGAGGGCGAGGUAAUCUCUUCUAGCUGAAAAUUUGAGAGGAUUGCAUCUCUUAAGAAAUGAAGCCGUUCGUAAUGGGCUCUAGUACUUGUAUUGGGCAAGCUGCAUUCUGACGUAUGGUCGCAAUGCAAUAAUGAUAAUAAUGAUAACAAUAACAC